AUGAUGCUUGCUACCAAUAUUUUGCCUGCUCUCCUCGUAUCGUCCCUGCUAGGACUCGCAUCGGCGACUUCGCCGAACUUGAAUUUAUUUGCCUACGGCAAUCCGGGACCCUUGCUUGGCACGUCUUUCGGCAUUCCAGGAGCGAAUGCGACUUUCGACUAUGUAGUCGUGGGCGGAGGCAAUGCCGGGCUCACCAUCGCAAGCCGUCUGGCAGAGAAUCAAACAGUAAGCGUUGCAGUCAUCGAGGCGGGCGGCUUCUAUGAAACCGACAAUAGCAAUUACUCCGUUGUCCCUGGUUAUUCCAGCUAUUACACAGGCUCAGACCCGGCAGACUACCAGCCGCUCAUCGACUGGGGUUUCAGUACGAAGCCUCAGCCUGGGGCAGGAGGUCGGGUCUUGCAUUAUGCCCGAGGCAAGACCCUGGGAGGGUCUUCGGCUAGGAACUACAUGCUCUACCAGAGGCCGACGGUGGACAGCAUGCAGCGCUGGGCCGAUGAGGUAGAUGAUCAGAGCUAUACUUUCGAGCAUUUAUUGCCCUAUUUCAAAAAGUCUACUCACUAUACGCCUCCCAACCAAGAGUUACACAACAAUUCCACGAACAGCCAGACUCCAGAUGCGUUUACUCCCACAGGCGGACCGCUAGAAGUGUCCUUUAGCAAUGCCGUGAACGCGUUUGCAACAUGGUGCCAGAAGGCAUUUAUUGCCAUCGGAAUGGAGCAGAUUGAUGGAUUCAACAGUGGUGGACUGCUUGGAUCUGCCUUUGCGACCUUCACCAUCGACCCGCGAAACGCACAUCGCUCCAGCUCCGAGUCGAGCUUCCUUCAGGCCGUGUUAAGCAAAGGCGUCGCGCCCAUGGUGUACAAGAACACCAUGGCACAAAAGAUCUUAUUUGACAGCGAUAACAAGCGCGCAACAGGGGUUCAAGUGUCGACUGAAGGCACAUUUGGCACCGGGUCGGUCAAUUUUACACUCCACGCUCGCACCCAAGUCAUUCUAUCAGCAGGUGCCUUCCAAUCUCCUCAGCUACUGAUGGUCUCGGGCAUUGGACCCUGCGACCAUCUACGUAGCUUUGAUAUCCCCUGUAUCAAAAACCUCCCAGGCGUGGGCCAAAAUAUGCAAGACCACCCAAUCUUCGGGACAGCGCAUCGCGUGAACGUUCUCACAGCUUCAGCCUCAGCCAACAACGCAACUCUGGCAGCACUUGGUGUGAGGCAGUACAUACAAAAUGCCACAGGGGCUCUUUCUAUCUUUGGGCCAGGCUAUUACGGCUGGGAGAAAUUGCCCCACCCAUUCCGCUCAAACCUGACUCGCGAAUCUCGUCAAGCCCUAUCGAGUUUCCCAUCAGACUGGCCGGAACUAGAAUGGUUACCCAUCAGUGCGUUCAACGGUGAUAACUCCAACAAAGUCACGGCUGAUCCGAAGGAUGGACAUCAAUAUGCAACGCUCAGUGGAGCAUUGAUUACUCCUCUAUCUCGCGGUUCAGUCCGUCUCGCUGGCCCCAGCAUGAACACUCCGCCCUUGAUUGAUCCGCAAUGGUUUACAGACCCAACCGAUAUGGAUCUUGCUAUUCAAGCUGUCAAGCGGCAGCGCCAGAUUUGGGUGGAAUUGGCUAAGCUAGGCGUGGCCGAGCACGAGGAGUAUUUCCCAGGCUUCAAUGUUUCCACUAAUGCUCAGAUUCGUGAAUUCAUUCAUCAGAGUAUGACUACUGUUUACCAUGCAUCAGCGACAUGCAAAAUGGGACGAAAGAACGACACGAUGGCUGUGGUUGACAGCCAUGCAAAUGUUUAUGGUGUGCAGGGGUUAAAAAUUGUCGAUGCCAGCAGUUUCCCAUUUCUCCCACCAGGUCAUCCCCAAUCUAUUGUGUACGCAUUUGCUGAGAAGAUUGCGGAUGAGAUAUUGGGCUUUGUUGGAUGA